AUGAUCGUCAGUCGGCUGGCCGAGUCUGAACUAGCUUCCGCGGUCGCCCUCGGAAGAUGCAGCAGCCGCUUCAAGGACCUCGCCGCCCCGCUGGUGGCAAACGCUGUGUCGGUUACAAACGAGAAGUGGCGGGAUGCAGCAUCCAAAAUCGUCGGCCGAGUGGGAGCUAAGAUAACAGGCGCCCUCGAGCGCAAUGAGGUGCAGACCAACUUAAACCUCGCCGGCUGCAACAUUGGCGACGAGAGUGCCAAGGCGAUCGGCAGUGCUCUCGCGGUCAACAACGUGCUGAAAAGCCUCAGCCUCCCCUUCAAUCGCAUCAGCGCCGCCGGCGCCGCUGCGAUCGCCGAGGCUCUGCGAGGCAACGAGGUGUUGACGUCCUUGGACGUGGGCGACAACAAGAUCGGGCCAACUGGCGCGACCGCGAUCGCCGAGGCGCUUCGCGUCAACGAGGUGCUGACCCAGCUGAUUCUCGACGGCCACGAGCUCGAUUUGCCGAAGCUGCGCGGCACCGACCCGGUCGAGUCCCUCGACCUCUCAAGGAAGGGCCUCGAGCUCGGACCCGCCUCGGCCAUCGUGAUCGCGUCCCUGAUUGCGGGCAAUGAGGUGCUGACCGAGCUACAGCUCGCCAGCAACCAGCUGUGCGGCAUCGACUACCGUGGCCGAGGUACCUACUCGGUCGCCGGUAUCACAGCAAUCGCAGAGGCCCUCAAGGUCAAUGAGGUGCUGACCACCCUCAACCUCGGCUACAACCAGAUCCGCGGCGAGGGCGCCGCUGCGAUCGCCGAGGCGCUGCGCGGUAACGCGGUGUUGGCCAAGCUGAAUCUCGACAGCCACGAGCUCGACCUGCCACAGCUGCGCGGCACCAACCCGGUGACAUCCCUCAAACUCUCGUACAAGAAACUCGGACCCGCCUCGGCCAUCGUGAUCGCGUCACUGAUUGGUUUUGCGUGCAACGCGGUGCUGACCAACCUCAACCUCAAUGUAAAUAACAUCCGCGACGAGGGCGCCACUGCGAUCGCCGAGGCGCUGCGCGUCAACGGGGUGCUGAAAACACUCGGCCUCGGCGGCAACAACAUCGGCGACGAUGACGCCGCUGCGAUCGCCGAGGCGCUCGCGGUCAAUGGGGUGCUGACCAACCUGGACCUCUUUUCCAACAGCAUCGGCGACGAGGGCGCCAAGGCGCUGGCAUCCGCUCUUCGCGUCAACGGGGUGCUGUAA